CUUGCUGCCAAAACCAAGAUCAGGUUGUCUCUGUGGCUUUACGACAGAGCCACAUACAUUCCUUCAAUAAUUCCCCUUCGUUGCAAUCCUGGACACCCCAUGUUUUGUAUCACAAAAAAAUGCACAAGAAUCGUUUCAAUAUGCAACAUCCAAAACAAACGGCUCUCCCAAUGUCGCCUUCUUAUCCCUAUACCGUAGACCCCUUCUUGACAAAUCAAAAUCAAGACGACGAGGACGACAACGACAUAUGUCCCGUCUGCGAUGGGGAAUGCACCUGCGACAACAAACCGAGGUCAUCAGCACCUCUCUCCAUGGCAGAACUCAGUCUGCAAUACGCCAGAUCUACCUCUGCAUCUAUGCCUAUUUCGGCCCCCACUCCCCCUCCUUCAAAACCUGCCCUGCCCUCUCUAAAGAUAAAAUUCACCGUUCCACCCAGCUUGCUCGGCAAGAGACGAGCCUUGCUAGCCAACAAAUCAAAGAAUCCCGCAGGGACGACGUCCGCCAUCGCAAACGGCGGAGAACACUCACACUCCCUCCAUCCCAUCCCCGGCCCUUCUCGCCCUCUAACCCCCAACACCCUCCUUCCAAAAAAGAGAGGCCGCCCUCCAAAGACCCUCGCCGCCCGACCCCCUCCAAAACAACCGUCCAAAUCAGCCCUCCUUGGUACACAGAAGAAAUUAAAACUCCACAAGAGCCUCAAGGACAAAGGCAUGAUCGCGAAGAAGCCUGUAGGUGCGACCAAGAAGCGAAGGCGCACCAUCACCAGCGAAUCGUCCGAUGAUAUGAGUGAUCGCCACAACCCUUAUGAUCCUGACGACGAUGAAGACGCAGAGUCCGUCCAGUUCCCGACGUUUCUCUCCGCCUCUGCAUUAUCUUCCAUGUCGUCUGACGACUCCUCAUCGUCGUUGUCUGACUUUGACACGGACUCUUCAAUCGAGGCUGAGGAAGAGACUUUUAUAUUGUCUGAGGUCAGAGACAAAACUCGCUUUCGCCGCGAGCUUUUGGGCGAAGAUGUUCAACGAAGGAACGCGCACAACGACUGGAUCAUCAAGCCCCGUAAGAAGAGCGUUGGUCUCAGCGACGCUGAGAUGGACGUUGACAGCGAUGCAACGGAGGAUGAAGAUGAAGAACAGCAAGCGGAGGAGAUGGACGAGGAAGAGGAAGAGACAGAUGGGAGAGGUACCGGUGCAGGCUACGUUGGGCUUGCUACCGGCUGGUCAGAGGACGAUGAAUCUAGUUUUGAUGCCGACCUUUUCUUUGCCAAUCUUUCUGGAUCAGAUUGUGACUCGUCCUCGUCUGCGGAGGGUGGUGGUGGCGACGAUGGCGAUCAGUCCGAUGCUUCAUCGCAGGACUCGAUGGAGGCGGAGCUAUUGCACAUGCGCGAGGAGCUGGAGAACCUUCCCUUUGAGGUCACCGAGGGUUGGGAUGGCCAGCUCGUGUUCACCAACGGGCUUAGUGAUAGCCAAGGCAUCGUUGACAUUGAUUUUGAAGUCAAUGCCUCUCAGUUCGUUGUCGAGACGUCCAGCCCCCCUCCUAGCCAAGACAGCGAUGUCGAGAUGUCCACAAGCGACGUCGAUGAUGGCGGAUACGAGGAAGAUGGUGGUGAGGGAGAGGGAGAUACCACUGAUGAAGAGCUGGUUGGCGAAGAUGACCUUCCAAACGAGCGUGCCAUGAGGCUUUUCCACCUUCCUUUCAGCGUGUCUGCGAUCAACCCCCUGUCUACCGUCAGCCCCUCUGUCAGUCCUGGACCUCGCCAUCGCGUCCCAUUCGCGCCUCAGACCUCAUUAGAUUCACCCAAGCCUGCUGAUAUCCUUGCCGGGAAAGUGUUCUGGGAUUCCGAUGAGCAUGAUGAUUUUGAAGAUGGUGGUAGGUCGAGGUGUGGCAGCUUUUCUUCAUCGAGAGGCAAUGGACCCAGAAAGGGAGCAUUCUCGCCUGUUCAGGAAACUCGCCAGGCCAUCAUUGAUGACUCACACACGGACAUACCCUCUCCCCAUCCAAGGUUUAGUGGUCGUGGUCGUGGUAGGCGAGUCAAUGUAGUCGAGCAUCUACUACGGAGGCACCUGUUGUCCUCGAGGCAUACAUUCGUAGCUACUGCUGACCAUGCCCCAUUGAGACUUGUCCCCUCGGAAGAACUCGGUGGUGCUGCACCUUCAUCACCUGGGAUGCCAGCAGCUGAACCUAUUGGCCUUGAUGAUGUACUCGAAGCGUCGUUCUUGGAUCCCGACCCGGCAGAUCAGAGCACUUUGACCAACCCACAGACGGUGGCUGAGGCUGCAACGGGCGAUUCUCGCAAGCACUUGAAGAACCUCUCUCGCUGGGACCUCAUUUCCGUUGGUGCGUUCAGACAAACUCGGGAGAACGGCUUCGAUGGCGAGUGGGGCUCGUCUCCGGAUGCCCGCCAUACUUCCGGAACCAGUGCAAAUUACAGCAGUAUCAUGAAAUCGAGCCCGCUCAGCGCUAUGCUGUGGCCUAACAACAGCACUACCACCACCAAUGGGAAGGGCAAGUCUCGAAAACGAGGCGCUAUCGUUCCAUCCGCUUUGUCGCCCAUGAUUCUUCCCCGCGGGGACGGUGAUCGCACGCCGACCGGCUAUACUGGGGGCCACCACAACCACACUAACAACGACAAUCAGCACAACAAGUAUCCGCAUAAAACGCGCAAGGAGCUUCGCCGGGAGCGGAAGCUUAAACGGAAGGGCUUUGGACCUGUCCAGCGGCCGCAUCAGAACCAUCAAUACCACUCUCACCAUCAUCAUCCGAACUUGAAGAGUAGGAGCUCGAGUUCGGCGCAGAGGUCUAGUUUCUUGAGCUCUGUUCCACCUUUGAAUUUGUGA